UUUAACUACCGUAGGAAAACACGAGGAGCAGGCCUGUAAUCCUAACUAGGAGAAUCACCAAAGACUUCAUGGAAGUAGCACAUUAAAGAGGUAACGGGAGAAAGGGAAGCCAUAUGGCUUUAUGGAGAGGAGAGAUUAACAAUGUGAAGGUCCUGGGGCCUGAGAGGCUGCCAUCUUGGUUAUGGCCACAGAUUGGGAGGAAGGAGUGAAGGGCAGGAAGUGAAGUUAGAGCAUUAAAGGACGCCUGCUCAUGAAGACCCUCCCAGGCUAUAACGGGCGCUUUGGUGAAUGCAAUGGCCAUCGGCUGUGGGAGUUCUGACAAAGGAUAGAUGCAACCUGCCACGUCCUGCUUCUCAUUUUCGCCAUGUAAAACUGCUGCGUGUGCGAUCCACUGCCCCACAGAGCCUGCAGUGGGGUGAAAUGUCAGGAAUCAGCCCCGGAGAAGGAGUGAGAGAGAGAUCCAGGCUGCUGAUGACACCAAGGGAGGAACCCUGGACAUGUGCUGUAGUGAGAGGCUGUUGGGUCUCCCCCAGCCGGUAGAGAUGGAAGCACCGGACGAGGCCGAAGGACUCCCCAGCAAGCAGAAAGAGAUGCCACCACCCCCGCCACCCUCACCGCCCUCUGAGCCAGCUCAGAAGCUGCCACCUCAAGGCGCUGGGAGCCACUCCCUCACCGUCAGAAGCAGCCUGUGCCUGUUUGCUGCCUCUCAGUUCCUGGGCAAUAUAGGGGCAAAGGGCUGCAGCCGUACACUCAGUCUGCGCCCCCAACUGCCCCAGCUUGCCUGUGGGGUGCUCUGGCUCAGUGGCCAUGGCCACUCCUGGCUGCAGAACACCACAGACCUCAUCUCCUCCUCGCUCACAGUGUUGAACCAUCUGGGACCUGUGGCCUGGCUGGGUUCUGGGACCUGGGGGAUACCAAGUCUGCUGCUAGUCUCUCUGACUGUGAGCCUGGUCAUCGUCACCACCCUGGUGUGGCACCUCCUCAAGGCACCCCCAGAGCCACCUGCCCCACUGCCCCCAGAGGACAGGCGUCAAUCAGUGAGCCGGCAGCCUUCCUUCACCUACUCAGAGUGGAUGGAGGAGAAGGUAGAGGAUGACUUCCUGGACCUGGACGCGGUGCCCGAGACACCUGUGUUUGACUGUGUGAUGGACAUCAAGCCUGAGACUGAUCCUGCCUCAUUGACUGUCAAGUCCAUGGGUCUACAGGAGAGGAGAGGCUCCAAUGUCUCCUUGACCCUGGACAUGUGUACUCCUGGCUGCAAUGAGGAGGGCUUCGGCUACCUGGUGUCCCCACGAGAAGAGUCAGCCCAUGAGUACCUGCUCAGCGCCUCCCGUGUCCUCCGGGCAGAAGAGCUACAUGAAAAGGCUCUGGACCCUUUCUUGCUGCAGGCGGAAUUCUUUGAAAUCCCCAUGAACUUUGUGGAUCCAAAAGAGUACGAUAUCCCAGGGCUGGUGCGGAAGAAUCGGUACAAAACCAUCCUUCCCAAUCCUCACAGCAGGGUACGUCUGACGUCACCAGACCCUGAAGAUCCUCUGAGUUCCUACAUCAAUGCCAACUACAUCCGGGGCUACAGUGGGGAGGAGAAGGUGUACAUCGCCACGCAGGGACCCAUCGUCAGCACUGUGGCCGACUUCUGGCGCAUGGUGUGGCAGGAGCGCACACCCAUCAUCGUCAUGAUCACCAACAUCGAGGAGAUGAACGAGAAGUGCACGGAAUAUUGGCCAGAAGAGCAGGUGGUCCAUGACGGCGUGGAGAUCACCGUGCAGAAAGUCAUCCACACGGAGGACUACCGGCUGCGACUCAUCUCCCUCAGGAGAGGGACUGAAGAGAGAAGCUUGAAGCAUUACUGGUUCACAUCCUGGCCUGACCAGAAGACCCCCGACCGGGCUCCCCCACUCCUGCACCUGGUACGGGAAGUGGAGGAAGCAGCCCAACAAGAGGGACCCCAUUGUUCCCCAAUCAUCGUUCACUGCAGUGCAGGGAUUGGGAGAACUGGCUGCUUCAUUGCCACCAGCAUCUGCUGCCAGCAGCUGCGGCGUGAGGGCGUGGUGGACAUCCUGAAGACCACGUGCCAGCUCCGUCAAGACAGGGGUGGCAUGAUCCAGACAUGCGAACAGUACCAGUUUGUGCACCACGCCAUGAGCCUCUAUGAGAAGCAGCUGUCCCUCCAGUCCUCAGAGUGACCACGUUCUUCCUCUGAGAUCCACUGGGUACUGCCAAGCCUGAGGCUGGGUCUUCACCCCAACUACCCAAGAUCUUGCCUUGGGUCCUGGGCCUAUUCCCUGGCCCUCCCCGUCAUCCUCCCCUCUCUUCAGUCUGCUCCCCAUCUAUUGUCCUGGCCUGGUCCCUACCCCAAGCCUAGCUCUCCUACUGUAUAUACUGCAGAGUUGGGGAGGGCAGGGGAGGAAUGUGCCAGGCCAGGCCUGGGGCCCCUGGGCCUGA